AUGGCUCAAAAUCCGGACCACAUCUCUGUCAAUCUCCCCGGCCAACCAACCUUGCCGGAUGAAAUUCAAGAUCCCCUUGCAUCCAGCGGUCUACCAGAGAUGCUGACCAUUGUGGAGCCGCGAGACGGAGAUCCAGCACUUCCCACCUUCACCCCCACCUUUGACACCCAGGCGUUGCCCACCAUCACCCCAGAACUGGCCGCGCUUUGGAACACCACCCCCGCACACACUUGUAAUAUCUGUGGAGAGCGCUUCGUUGAUGCUGGACUAUUUUUGGGGCAUAAUGGGAACCACUUGCUGUUGCUGGAAUACGCCCCUCGCAAAUAUCCCUGUGGCGUG